CCGCUGCAGGAGACGUGAGCGCGCAUGCAGGAGCGUCCCUGCAGCAGAGCAGAGUAGAGUAGAGCAGAGCUGGGCAGCGCGUGCCCCGGAGCCGCGAGCGAGCGAGCGAGCGUCGACAAGCGUUCACGGAACCAGCGAAGAUGGACGGAGUGGGAUCGUUCGGAGCGGGCCGCGCCGGGUCCACUAUCGACCCAAUUACAUUCGCUAAACAGCCACAGACCAUCCUCAGAGCCUUGUCGUGGAUCUUCUCACUGGUGGUGUUCGCCUCCAUCGUGAACGAGGGCUACGUGAACAUAGGCAGCGAACGUCUCUACUGCGUCUUCAACAAGAACGCGGACGCAUGCAACUACGGCGUGUUCGUGGGCCUGGUGGGCCUGCUGGCUUGCUCCUUCUUCAUGCUACUCGACUACAAAUUCUCUUCCAUCAGCUCCGUGAAAGAUCGCAAGAAGGCCGUCAUGCUUGAGAUCGGCUUCUCAGGUUUCUGGGCCUUCUUGUACUUUGUAAGUUUCUGCUUCCUGGCUAACCAGUGGUCUCGAACAACGGCUGCUGAGCUGCCCCUCAACCAGGGCGCUGAUGCAGCUCGGGCUGCCAUCGCCUUUUCUUUCUUCUCUAUCAUCACUUGGGCUGGUCUUACAGUGCGCGCGGUGCAGAAGUACCUGCUGGGCACUGACAUGACCUUGUUCACCUCAGAGCACUUGGAUGGUGUAGCACCCACCCAGCCGUUACCCUCCAACUCACCAGGGGGCACCACCGACACCACAGAGACCUACCAAAACCCUCCGUUUACAGAGAACAACGCAGCACCCACAUAUCAGGUUCCCAUUUACUAAAAAAUACACGAGAAGUUAAAUUGCUCUACUAUCCACUAUCAAUCAUUGUGGGCUGGAUUUUCAAGGGUGGGGCAAAAAAAUAAAUCAAAUCAGCUCUUUUGUUUCCUCCUCUUGUUGUUUACGUGAACAUUCCAGCUUUAUCUGCACUUUUCUAGACUCACUUUCAUGCAGAUUAGGAUACGAUUAAAAACAGAAAAAGAAAGAAAGGAAACAAGAGGAGGAACCAUAGAAGAUGAGGCCAUUUUGCAGUAUUCACAUGUUAAAUAGGAGAGCAACUAGUAAGCAGUACGAAAAAAGCACCUUCACUUGAAAUAUUACGUAUUCCCUCUCAUGCCAAAUUGUUCUGGGGAAUGUUUUUAUUUAUUUCAUUUGAUUCCGUCUCCUCUCGCUGCAGUUUAACAGUGAUAAUGUGUAUUAAAUCUGCAUGUUUCCAAAUGUAGGGAUAGCAACUGAAGUGCCAUACUGUACUGACAGUGACUUAACCGAGUAGAUUUACACAUGCUGAACAACAUCAUCAUUAUCAUCACCACAAUGUUUUUGUGACUAAGUGCAAUAUCUCACAUUCUCAUGCAGAUUGAUGUAUACUAUACUGUACUGUGGUUUAAGUAGAUGACUUUUGCGGUGGAUAUAGAAAGUGAAACCACAUCCAUUUGACAAUUUUGGAAAAAAAAAUACAAUGUGACUUAUCAGUACAAAUGAUUUUUUUUUUGUUUCAAUCGAGUGUUAUCUUAAGUAUUUGCACAUAUGCAGUGGCUAUAAAAAGUCUACACACUCCUGUUUAAAUGACAUUUUGUAGAAUAUAAAAAUAAGAUCAAUCCUUCAAAAAAUAAUUAAUAAUUAAUGGAACCUAUAACCUGGACAACAAAACAGGGGUGUGUAGACUUUUUAUAUUAACUAGAAAGCAAUUUAUUUCAGUAGUUCAAUUUAAAAAGCGAAAUUUCCUGUUGUAUAGAUUCACGAGCCUAAAUUGGAAGGUUUCCUGAUUUCAAUUUGUUGACAGUUAAAAAAAAGUACAAUUUAAAAUUAAAUUAAUCAAAAUGAUUUUUAGGAUAGAAAUCCGAUAGUAAUUGACCUUCAUUGGAAUUAUAACGGUGCGUUCACUUUCUGGAUAUCCAUCCUCAACCAAUCAUCGGCUCUGCCUCAAAUGACACACUCUUUUCAGCUUUGAAUUGUACAAACAAACCUCAGGCAAAUUUGACUUGGAAAAUGUUGAAUCCAAUUCAAGCUUGAAAUGAAUAUUUAUGAUUGUCAUGCAUGUCAUGGUGACCUCCAACAUAUUCCUCCCUGAUUAAGGCGAUCUCCACCUAAAUGUUCAUGUAUAAAUUUCAGUACCAGGGAAUGUAGGUCGUGUGUCAUUUGAGACGGCGUCCGAGGUUGAAUCUGAGUGAGUAGGGAGAAUCUUUCUGUACAUCAGUUGUGUUUGUUUACUUUUUAGAAGCUGCCAAACUGCCCUAUGUUCUUAUGAAUCUUUUCAUCACGUUGAACACAUUACUGUUGUCUGUUUACGGGGGCUCGCGGUUGAGGUUGGUCGUCGUGUGGUCACAUGCCAAACUAGAAAUCUCCUUGGGGGUUCUGUUGCCAUGGUGAGAGGGAGAGAAGCGGGCCGCUCAGGUGUAACUGUGACAGUCGUGUGCAUGCUCGAGUGCGUGGAUGCGUUAAAAAUGUUGUCGCGUUAAAUUUAUUUUCAGGAACAAGUGUUAGGACUGAGGGAGGAUAUUGCUACACGACUUAACAGAAAUGUUUUAUUAUUUUUACCAGCGCGUAAGAUUCGUUUUCAACACAGGAAACAGCGCCCUCUGCUGAACAAAGCUGGUACAGAUGCAAAGGGACAGCUCUAUUUUAAAAGUAAUCAGAAUAGGAAAAUGCAUGAUAUUAAUGUCUGAAAUUUACCCUAUAUGAAAUUCAACAGCUGGCGGCAUCCCCUAUUGUCACUCAUUUUACUAACAAUUAUAAUAAAUAGUUAUGAAUGCAUUACAUAAAAAAAAAAAAAAAAAAAGCGAUGCUAUCGCAACUGCAUGACAUUGCUUUAGGCUGAAAAUGUCCCACAGUGUUUUAUUUCCUGGAAGACUCCAUAACGGAAAUGGAUCUUUAAAUGGCACAGCCGGCAGACUCUUUAUUCAAUUUCAACGUCACUGAUGUUACAAUGGCAUCAAUUGAGUUCCAAUGACAGCAAACAAUUGGGAGUUAAAAUAAUCAGUAAGGUUAAAGAUGAGGGCAGUUAUAGAGAAAGAAAAAAAAUGACCUUCCUUCACUAAAUUGCAUUGUUUCCUACUUCCAGGAAGAAUCGAGAUCAGAUUUUUUUUUUUAUAAUAUGAUUCACCAAACUGCAAGUGGGGAGUUUAUUUCUGUUUUAAUAUUUGGUUAAAUCCACUUGUAUUAUUUCCCGUCAUUGAUUGAAACAGAUCAAAUGCUUUUGGUGUAUUUUAGGUCAAUUUCCAACUAUUGGUGGUUGAUGUUAAAACUGCGUAGCGAAUACAACUGCCAACUAAAAGCUGAUGCACGUUUUUACUCGAUUUGCUGUAUGUCCUCAAACAAAGGCCUCUAUUCGCUAUGACAACGUCCAGAAAUAUCUUUUCAGACAGUCCAAUCAUGCGGCUGCUUUAGAGCGCCUCAUUGUUUUUUUUUUCUUUUUCAUUUGUUAGCGAGCAUGUUCGCUGGGGCUUUGAGGUGAUGUGCCCGCUUUAGAGCGAGUGCUUUGCUGUCAGAUGGAAAAAUAAAAUAAAAUGUAUUAUAUUAAUUCUACACUCCAACUCUGAAGUCAAGAUAAGAUGGAUGGAUAGAUUUAGGUUCAAAAAAAUAAAUGCCCCGCCCACUAUGUGCAUAAAUAAAGUAAACUGCUUUCCUAACUUUUCAACUCUGCACUGAUAUCAGCUUUUCUGAUAAAACGUCAACGUACACAUUAUGAAGCUUGAAUUUAUCUAACCGUGUGAGUAUUUGCAAUUUCAUUUCCAAAAUCAAUUUCAAAGCCAAUGUAGAAGCAGUAGAGCAAUGUAAAGUACGGCUGGGUGUGACUGAUGCUCGGGUCAGGUUGUAUUGUUGUUCUCUUUUUUCUGUCUGUCUGUGUGGUAGACUAAAAAAAAAAAAAAAUAUCAAGUCCAACAUUCUGUGUGUUUUGUGCUCUGGCCCAUGUACACUGCUCUCGUGUUGGUUUGAUUGUACAAUUGAAGUCAAUGGAACAUUUAUGUGAUGAUGUUCAGGGUCUGAUUUGUUCUGUACUCCUUUUAAAAAGAAAACAUAUCUCUAUAUAUGACAAAUAAUUAUGAACUAGAAUGCACUCUUAUACAGAAAUACUUUUUGGGAACUUCUUAAUGGGCCACGGACACAAAAAUUAAAAGUCUGUGAUCAUGCUGUAGUUUCGUUGGACUGGGAUAUAAUAAAAGUGAUAUGUAGUAAUGCCGGUGCUGUUAAUUGUGAGGGUUCCAGUGUAAUUCUUUGCAUGGAUGUUAAAAUUUUUCCACUGUCAAAGUGACGAUGGAAAUCAAAAAGCCCAUAAAACUAACGAGUUUUUAUUUUAGCGUGCUGCCCUUUUAUGAUACGUCUUGAGGUUUUAUUUUCUUGUUUCGACGGGUGUUUUGACUUCUUCUGUGUAUCAAGAAAAGAGGAAAAAGAAAAUGCUGUGUACAGAAAAAGUGUUAUUAUUUUGUGGAUGACUCUGGACUGCAGUCUGAGCAUCACUCCUAAUAAUAAAA